CAAGGACCAGAAUGCAUUUCGACACAGUCGCUCCUCUGCUCACAUCCGCUUGACUCGCUAUUUGUGUUGGAAAAAGGACUUUGUGAAACUGCAGCGAUGUCAGUCCAGGUUGUGGCAGCGAAAAUGGCAGAGGUCGAACUCAAAGACGUUCCCACCGGCAAAGACUUACCGGCCGGUUCCCCGGUGACACCGACCUCGGAGGGCAAGAGCCUCGCCAGAAACGACCCACACGAGGCCGGUUCCUCUGCCGCUGCGUCCCCUACAGCGGAGCCCUCCGCCAAAGCCGGGGAAGGCAGCCUGGGUUUGCUCACCCCGAACCCCGCGAAGAUGCCGCAGACGUCGGCUCUGAAGCGGACGGACCCGCAGCAGAACGGCGGAGAGGCUUUUGUCAACCGUGACGGGACCGUGGCCGAGGCUCCGCGGAUGAAAAAGCAGAUCCAGUUUGCGGACCAGAAACAGGAAUUCAACAAGCGUCCCUCUAAGAUCGGCCGCCGCUCCUUGUCCCGCUCCAUCUCCCAGUCCUCCACAGACAGCUACAGUUCAGCGGCCUCAUACACGGACAGCUCUGAUGAUGAGACGUCUCCUCGGGACAAACAGCAGAAGAACUCCAAGGGCAACGGAGACUUCUGCAUCAAAAACAUCAAACAGGCCGACUUCGGCCGCAGAGAGAUCGAGAUUGCAGAGCAAGAGAUGCCAGCCUUGAUGGCUCUGAGGAAGCGAGCCCAGGGGGAGAAACCGCUCGCCGGCGCCAAGGUGGUGGGCUGCACCCACAUCACUGCCCAGACUGCUGUGCUGAUGGAGACUCUGUCAGCUUUGGGGGCUCAGUGCAGAUGGGCAGCCUGCAACAUUUACUCCACCCAGAAUGAAGUGGCAGCUGCCCUGGCAGAAGGAGGUUUCAGUGUGUUUGCGUGGAAGGGUGAGUCAGAGGACGACUUCUGGUGGUGCAUCGAUCGCUGUGUCAACGUGGAAGGCUGGCAACCCAACAUGAUCCUGGAUGACGGUGGAGACCUGACUCACUGGAUCUAUAAAAAGUAUCCCAACAUGUUCAAGAAGAUCAAGGGCAUCGUAGAAGAGAGCGUCACCGGUGUGCACAGGUUGUACCAGCUGUCCAAGGCAGGCAAGCUUUGUGUUCCAGCCAUGAACGUCAACGAUUCAGUGACCAAGCAGAAGUUUGACAACCUCUACUGCUGCAGAGAGUCCAUCCUAGACGGCCUGAAGAGGACCACUGAUGUCAUGUUUGGAGGCAAACAGGUGGUGGUGUGUGGAUACGGAGAGGUGGGAAAAGGCUGCUGUGCCGCCCUCAAAGCAAUGGGCUCCAUCGUCUACGUCACAGAGAUCGACCCCAUCUGUGCCUUGCAGGCCUGCAUGGACGGCUUCAGGCUGGUGAAACUGAACGAAGUCAUCAGACAAGUGGACAUCGUCAUCACCUGCACAGGCAAUAAGAACGUGGUGGUGAGAGAGUACCUGGACCGCAUGAAGAACGGCUGCAUCGUCUGCAACAUGGGACACUCCAACACCGAGAUCGAUGUGGCGAGCCUGCGGACUCCUGAGCUGACCUGGGAGAGAGUGCGCUCUCAGGUGGACCACGUCAUCUGGCCCGAUGGCAAGAGGAUAGUGCUGCUGGCUGAGGGUCGUCUGCUGAACCUCAGCUGUUCCACUGUGCCCACUUUCGUGCUCUCCAUCACCGCCACCACCCAGGCGCUGGCUCUGAUAGAGCUGUACAACGCCCCAGAGGGACGCUACAAACAGGAUGUUUACCUGCUGCCCAAGAAGAUGGAUGAGUAUGUGGCCAGCCUACAUCUCCCUACCUUUGAUGCACAUCUUACAGAGCUGAGUGAUGAGCAGGCCAAGUAUCUGGGCUUGAACAAGAACGGGCCCUUUAAGCCAAACUACUAUAGGUAUUAAUCCAGUGUCGGGGUUGGACUGAAGAAAUACAAAUACUCCAUGAAAGGCACAGACCCGUAGAGGGAGAGGAGGAGGACAGAAGGACGGACGGAUGGACAGAACACACCUGCUUUAUAUUGGGGAGGGGAGGGGCCGAGCUCUGACUGAGCCUGAGGGGAAGGGGAGGGUGCAGAGGGGCGUGGCUUUCCCUGCGCUUAUGGCAGCCGUUUUAUUUAUUCACGCUCGACAACAAUAAUGAAAACUUUAACUCUAACUCCGUGGAGCUGCUCCCGCCAUUUGCCAUUAGCUAGCUCCCUGCCGUCUUCUCCUGGAAGAUGUUUUACUUCCCUUCCACUCGUCAUUUCACCGCCAUUAUCUCUUUAGUCGCUCAUUUGUGUGUCGAGUUGUAUGUAAAUCCUCCAUCCUCCCUUCCCCAUUGCCAGAUCUUUUAUUGUUUAACUAUUAAAGAUGAAAUUAUUGAUGCUAAAAAAGAUAUAUACUAUAUAAAAGAAAAAACUUAACUAAAAAAAAAAAUCUGUGUGAAUGAAGAUGACCGUUCAAGAUUUAGUGACGGACACUUUUUUUCCUGUCCUUUUUUUUUUUUUUCUUUGUUGUUGUCUUUUCUUUUCUACCUGUGAUUUUGUUUUUCUCUUGUGUAAUAUUGCGAGGGCGGGGUUAGACCUAGUGGGCGGGGGUUAGGCGGGAUCUCAGGGUCCAAUCAUAUCAUGUCUUUUAUUUGAUCGUUUCAUUGAGAUUCACCGUUGUGUCUGGUUUUUAAAACAUUUUUUAUGCAUUCUUUCCCUUUCCAAUCAGCCUGUAGUUUCUCAUGACUGUUUUCUUCUUUUCGUAUGACUGGAUGGUGACCGGUUCUUCCCACCUGUCACUCAAAGCCACAGUGAAACCAUCUCAUUGGCUGCUUCUUUCUCUGCUUCCAGCUGCUCACAUGGCGCCAGUGUUGAAGUGAUGAGAAGUAUUUCAAGCGUGUGAGAGCUAACCUUUAUCAUUUUGUCUUUUCCUUUACCAACAAUGACUAUACUGUAUUAGUAACAUGGCAGGUUGUCAGAUCAUUACAAGGGGUGUACUGUAUAUUUAGAUAUUUAUAUUGAAACUAAGAUUUUUCUAUCUUCUUCUCUUCCUGCACCAUCUAAUAUCAUAACUUUUGGAGAUAAAAAAAAAUCAACAUAUGUCAUAAAGAUAAAUUAAAUGUUCUAAUGAUAAGUGUAAUAAAAAAUGUACUUAAACCCUCACUUUGAAUACUGUGACAGAAAAUAUUUACAAAGAAACCAAAUGAGCAGAAAGUCGCUGCCUGGCCGGUACUUUAUCUUCAAUCACGUCCUCAUUGAAACGUAUGGUGCUGUUAAGAUUUACUGUACCUACCAUACACACCACAACUCUUUGGUACUCAGAUACAGUCAAGGGGUUCAGCUUAAAAAAUAAAAUCCACCGUGAGUUAUUUUCUUUUCAUCCAAGAAGCAUGUUUACCUCCUCAGUCGAUUCAUGUGCAUUUACCUGUAGAGGUUGUUUUUAUUAACCUUUUCAAAGAGACGAUUCACCCUAAAAUCAAACAAAGAUUGUUGUCAAUACGCCAACACUUGGCAACUCACACCAAAACCAGAUUGCUAAAUAUGAGUUUGAUUUUGGAGUGAACGGUCUCUUAAAGAUGAACAAAUUUGGCCAUUCUACCCCAGGUAUACAGUCAUGGACCACCCUUAUUUUGUCUAAUAUCUGUUUCAUUGGUACAACUAAAGGUACAUUUGUUUGGACAAAUAUAAUGAUGACAACAAAAAUGGCUGAUAAGAGUUUAAAUUAAGAGCUGAUAUCUCGACAUUUUCCAUGGUGUUAUUGAUAAUGAUUUGGGUUAUCAAGAAAACCAGGGAAAAUAGACUUAGACUGUACUUUAUUGAUCCCUUUGGGAUGACUCCCUCAAGGAAAUUGAAGUUCCAAUAGCAUAUAAAUACAAAUGCAGUUGAGAAACAAUUGACAGUAAACAUAAAACAAUACACUAUAUUAAAGUAAACAAGUGAAAAGAGCUUAAAACUGGAGAGCUACUGGAGAGGCGACCGUCUCCCACAGCGCCUAGCAACAUCAACAAUAACACCAGCAUCAUCAUUAUUUGAUGAAAUGUCUAGAUAUCAGCUCUUAAAUUAAACUUACGAGCUAUUUUGUUAUAUUUGUACAAACAACCAUACUUUUAGUUGUAUCAGGCAUUAAAAUGAACAAGAAAUUGAUAAAACAAGGGAGGUCUAAUAAUAUUUCCAUGACUGUAUUUGAGUUUUUCCCUCCCCAUCUAAGAAGCUUAGAUUCUACCGGUAUAAUGAGCUGCACAGUCAUCGUCCCCAGCUGACCUGACGGUGGAAAUUAUUAAAAGUCCUGACAGUCAUUUCACCUGACAGCCCAGUGCACCCUGCUGCUAUACUGACUCUGCCCCUGAACCAAUCAGAUCCCUGCUAACCUGCUGGGAGACGCUGCCAGCUCUCCUCUC